AUGGAUCCCGAACUCCCGCAGAGUGGCCAACACUUCGAGGGUGCGUCUUGGGGAGAAGAUGGAUAUGAAGAAGCAAAUGAUAUACAGCAUAGCGACGAACAAAGUCAAGAUCCUGCCUUUCCACUUGAUCAAGCUGCGAAUGGUGACUCAGAAGAUGCUGGCGAAUAUGACCCAGAGUCGGUCACGAUAACUUCAAUUCCAGAGACCGCAGAGCCCAACCCCCCCACCGAUUCAAUCCCAACUCCUACCACGUCCACAGCCACCAAGCCGAAAUCAGGCAAACCCAAAACACAGGGAGGAUUCCUAGUGGGAGACUCCGAUGACGAGGAGGAGGAUGCGCCCACUCCGGCCUCAACCGCUGUUCCUGCUGCUCCUGCGACACAGACUCCCACUGCACAAAACCCCCCCUUCCCUUCUGCGUCUACUCCUCUUCAAGGCCAAGUGAGCGCCACUGCAGAGCAGGCCAACCAUGGGGUUGCCGUACGAGCGCCAAGUGCGGCAUCGAGUGCAGCGCAAGCGCCGCCCCUUCCAAACGUGCAGCCUGUCCCGAGCAGAGAUCCAAAUGACACUUUUGGCAUUCUGGAGGAUCGUGUGAAGGAGGACCCAAGAGGGGACAUGGAUGCCUGGCUCGCGUUGUUCGCCGAACACCGUCGCUACGACCAGUUGGAUGAGCUGCGUGCUGUCUACGAGCGAUUCCUCCAAGUUUUCCCCCAAGCUGCCGACAUUUGGGCCGAUUGGGCACAGCUCGAGCUGGACUCCAACCGCUUUCAGGACGCCGAAGCGCUUUUCAGCCGUUCACUGGUCAACGUGCCCAAUGUCAAGCUCUGGACCGUAUACCUCAACUAUAUCCGUAGACGAUACGAUCUGAACAACGACCCCAAUGGAGAGUCCCGCCGGAUUUUGAGCAUGUCUUACGAUUUUGUGAUUGCUUCCGUUGGCAUUGAUCGGGACUCAGGUCAACUAUGGAAGGACUACGUCCAGUUCAUCAAGAGUGGUCCGGGCCAAGUUGGAGGCAGUGGCUGGCAGGAUCAGCAGAAGAUGGAUCAGUUGCGCAAGGCCUACCACCGUGCAAUCACAGUCCCAAUGUUUGCGCUUACGGAUUUGUGGAAGGACUACGACCAGUUCGAAAUGAGCCUGAACAAGACGACCGGUCGCCAAUUUAUCCAGAAGCGCUCACCCGCCUACAUGACAGCCAAGGCGGCAAACUCGCAGCUCGAUCGUCUGAUCCCCAGGCUCUCGCGAACGUCACUUCCUCGACUUCCCCCUGCAUCUGGCUUUCAUGGCGAUCAGGACUUCAUGGAGCAAGUCGCUAUCUGGAAGAAGUGGAUUCAGUGGGAGAAGGACGAUCCGUUAGUUCUUCUGGACGAAGAGCCUGAAGCCUAUAAAGCUCGCGUAUUGUACUGCUACAAGCAAGCGUUGAUGGCUCUUCGCUUUUGGCCCGAGAUGUGGGUGGACGCAGCAGAGUGGUGCUUCGCCAACAACAUUGCCAAGGAUGGCAAGGAGCUGGGUCUAUCUUUCCUGACAGAUGGCAUUGAGGCCAAUCCCGAAAGUGUUUUGCUGGCGCUGAGACAUGGAGACCGUGUGGAAAUGACCUAUCCUGCCGGAGACGACGAUGCGAGCAAGGCUGCCCGCGUGAAGGCAAUAAGGGAGCCGUACAGCCGCGUCCUCGACACGUUAUACGCCAUGUCCAAGAAGCUUAAGGAGCGGGAAGAAAGAGAGGUUCGCAAGAUUGAGGAAGUCUCUGCCCAAGAUCCCAACAUUAAGGACUCGAUCGAACGCAAUGAUGAUGAUAUUGGUGGCGAUAACCAGCAGUCCGGUGAACUUGGAAAAGAAGAGCGCAUCAACGCCGUGAAGCAGGGAUUCUCGGUGCAGACGGACAUGCUGAAGCGCACUAUCUCAUUCGUAUGGAUCGCGCUUUGUCGAGCUGCUAGGAGGAUACAAGGCAAGGGCAACACGAACUCAGGCCUUCGGCAAGUGUUCAUCGAGGCUCGAGGUCGCGGCCAGCUCACCAGUGACGUCUACAUUGCUGUUGCGAAGAUGGAGGCUCUCAUCUAUAACGACCCAGCUGGUGGCAAGAUCUUUGACCGCGGUGCGAAACUAUUUCCCGAAGAUGCUAGUUUCAUGCUUGAGUAUCUCAAAUUCUUGCACUCCAAGGGUGACACGACAAAUGCUCGUGUCGUUUUCGAGACCUGCGUCAACCGUCUCACUCAGAAAGAAGAUAAGAAGGACCAGGCGAAGCAACUCUACUCAUACUUCCACAAGUACGAAUCGCAGUUUGGAGAGCUCUCCUCGAUUGCCGAGCUUGAGAAGCGCAUGUCAGAACUCUGGCCAGCCGAUCCCAGGCUUUCACACUUCGCCAACCGGUUCUCGGUAGAAACGUUUGACCCCAUCGCCUACCGCCUCAUCAUCUCGCCGGCUGUUCAACUGCGGCCGAAACUGCUGAUCCCAGCCAUCGAACAGCCGACCUCGGUCCGCCAAACACCGAUGGCCUUGCCGGUCCGUCAGACGGCCAGCCCUGGCCCGCAGUACGUGGGUGUCACAAACUCUCCCAAGAGACCGUUCGCAGGCGAUGAUUACGAAGAGCUCAAUCGGCCACGAAAGCUCGCCAGAGGAGAAUCGCCUCUCAAGGGUGCUGCUGGUCGUCGCCUUGACCAGCAAAGACGCAACCAAGGAGCACCCCUUUCCCGAGACAUCACUUUCCUCUUGGGUAUCUUGCCACCGGCCCAUGCCUAUGCUCACUCGCCCAAUGCAUUCCGCCUGGUUGCCCCCAACCUCGUUGGCCUCAUCCGCGAGACCCCGGUGCCCGAUUACAGCGCGUGGAAAACCCAACAAGAGCUUGGCGCUCGACAAAAUAAUGGUAUGCAACCCCCUUCCCAUAGCCGACAGGCAUCCGGUGAUUACGUUGAAUACGGAAAUGGCGGACGGAACUCGCCCCAGGGGGUCCUCAGUCCAUACGAUGGGUCGGGACGGCGUCUGGCAUCAUCCGGAUACAGAAGCUCCCCCCUCCGAACUGGUUCCAGCGGCGGAAAUGCUGAGCCUGCUGCGUACCAAAAUGAUGUGCUUCAGGAGGGGCAGUACCCACCAGCGGCUCCCAUUGACGGAAACGCUACCUGGGCACCGCAAACGCCUGCUGGCUACGGCCAAGCACCAGCACAACAAUAUGGCAGAUAUUUGUAUUGA